AUGACCUGCAUUACACGGAUAAGAAAUGUCGAGGAAAACCUGCCCGAGAUGUCGUUGAGACUUGUGGUGCCAACCACAAUGAUCCAAGAGGUGCUACACAACUGUCAUGACUCCAUCGAAGGAGGACACCAAUGCGUCUCUUACCAGAGAGUGAAACACGACUACUACUGUAUCGGUCUCUACGCAGAUGUAGUGAAACAUGUGAAAUCAUGCCUCGACUGCAGCUCGAGUAAGAGCUUGCCGCAGCUCAAAGGCUACUCACCUGGCAAUGUGCUCGCAGAGCGACCAUUGUCAAUGGACUUUGGGAUCCUUCUGCCGAGAUCUCGUCGAAGGAACACUGCUCUGUUGCUAUGGCAGUGCUCGUUUACUGGGUUUGUGAUUGCUAAAGCGAUGUCAGAUACCGAUGCCCUGACUGUGGUCAAGGUGUUCAAGUAA